UUCACGUCGUUGCUAGUGCAUUGAAAAACACAGACACAAACUGCACAAAUAUGGGGAAGUCAGGAUGUUUACCGCCCGGCAGCUGCCGGUGGCUCGUGCAAUUUAAGAAGUCGAUGAAUGCCAGGGUGGCGAAAUUCAAAAAUGACUUCCGGCGGAAGUUUUUUCGUGACAACAAGCAUCUGGGACAGCUGCGUGCCGACCAACUGCACAAUGAGACUGGAACCCGCGAUAUGGAAAUCACGAAAAAGACGUCAAAGACUGCAGCGGACAGUACUGUCCCUAAAAAGAAGGUCGUCAAGCAAUCAACUUACGGUUAUCAACCCUCCUUGUAUGCUGAAGAAGCAAGUUCCGAGAUUCGACGGACUCAAGUUGUAAAGAAUUCAAACGAUGAAAACAGCCGGAACUCUUCGCCACAUUGUCGCGAUUCAAGCCAGGUCACAAACAAAGCCGUUGUUCACGAACCCACUCCAACGCGUUCCAAGGAAGAAGAGCUAGAUGAAUUCGUGAAUACAGUAAUUCGCAAUUCCGUGGCCCAUCUGAUCAAGGAAGCCAGCGUUACGUACCUAAUGAAAGAGUCAGAGGAGAACUUGCUGAAGAGACAUGACAGCAAUGUGGAAACAACCGGCGAACAAGUUAUCAAGGAGACCGACACCACCAACAAAAACGUUGUCAUUGAUACCGACACCACCAACGAAAACGUUGUCAUUAAUACCGACACCACCAACGAAUGCGUGGUCAUUGAUACCGACACCACCAACGAACGUGUUGUCAUUGAUACUGACACCAACAACGAACGCGUUGUCAUUGAUACCGACACCACCAACGAACAGGUUGUGAUUGAUACCGACACCACCAACGAUAACGUUGUCAUUGAUACUAACACCACCAACGAACGCGUGGUCAUUGACACUGACACCACCAACGAACGCGUUGUCGUUGAUACCGACACCAUCAACGAAUACGUGUUCAUUGAUACCGACAACACCAACGAACAGGUGGUCAUUGAUACCGACACCACCAACGAACGCGUUGUCAUUGAUACCGACACCACCAACCAACACGUGGUCAUUGAGAGCGACACCACCAACGAACGCGUUGUCGUUGAUACCGACACCACCAACAAAUACGUUGUCAUCGAUACCGACAACACCAACCAACACGUUGUCAUUAAUAGCAACACCACCAACGAACGCGUUGUCGUUGAUACCGACACCACCAACGAAUACGUUGUCAUUGAUACCGACACCACCAACGAACGCGUGGUCAUUGAUACCGACACCACCAACGAACGCGUGGUAAUGGACACCGACAACACCAAAGAACGUGUUGUCAUUGAUAUCGACACCAUCAAAGAAUCUAACGCCAUGAACGUCAUCAAGGCGUCAUCUGAGAUCGUCCUGAAGGAACAGGUCGACAAUUACGACAUCACCUACGGACAGAUUGUCAAGGAAACCGACAGCGUUUCCGUAUCUUCAAGCGUUUUAAGUGCUUUUGCCGAGAGUGCAGUGAAGGCUAGUCUCUUUGAGCUGGACGUCGUUGACAACGUUAACCACUCCGCGAUGGUCCCAACGUCCGCCGUCAAGGCGCGCAGAUCACCAAGGACAGUGAAUGAAUUCUUAGAGAUGAUUGGAGUACCAGAUUGCCGGGACAGCUCCAGCCUUCACCUUCCCGACGUCGACAUUUAGACAUUUAAAAUAAGCCCCAGUCUCAUAUAAGCACGGUUGGCUACGGCAGUGCCGGAUCAUCACGAAUACACCAGAAUCAAGAUCCGGGACGAUCCGUGGACUGGUUGGUUUCUAAGCGUCAAAAGUUUAACCAAGAUUAUAACGUCGAUGACAACACGGCACCUAACCGGCCACACGUACAAUCACGGACAAACCCGGCAGCAUUACGCAAUCAACACGGAACACACAGAACUACACGGCAGAGACACUUAGGUUGGUUUUCGGUGAAACCAUAAUUUUACAAUCAGAUCUCGACAGUGUAACCUCGAAAAUUUUCAUUUCGAUGCGACUCUUUAUUGCUUACUAUUUUCAGUUUAUUAUUAUCACACAGCACAAAAUCUUGCUCAUUUAAGUAUCAUAGCAUGUCUUAAAUUUUGGACACGGACCCGGAUUCUUAGCUGAAGUAGGCCCGACGAUAUUCGCGUUGUUUAUUUAUUUCCUUUGUGAAUGCGUUCGAAGAUAGAUCCGACAACACAUCUAUGAGCGGGUUGUCGUUUUGCCAUUGUCCUGGUUUGACCUUGUGAUAAUUGUCCUUCUCGUCAGCAGCACUCGCAUUCUUAUGCCCAUAGCGAAGUGAAGAUUCAGGAUCAGACAGGCACACCAUUCCCUUGAUGAUGGUUUUAUGCUCUUGAACACUUGAAAACCACGGGCUGAAUUAUGGCUACCUACUUGAAACCAAAUGAAUCUGUAGCAGGUGUCGACCAAUGUCAUAUGGAUUAUGGAAUGGUAACCCUUGUAGUUGUAGUGUAAAGAUCAAUCACGCUGAUGACACUGUUUGUCGAUGUGCUUCCCGACCAAAACUCAAGCACUUGUGUGUAGCUGCUAAGGGUCACCGAAGUGCUUGGCGAUAUUCUCCCAUGCAUGUGUUCAGGACAACGAAUUAGUUCAUCAACAAACUCUAUAAGUAUCGCUUCGCAGACCUGAUGGUGAUCUUGGAGUUGAUUUUGUGAGCGAAGCCAUACAUCAGAGAGUGGUUACUGUCCCCUAAUGCUAGGUACCGCAAUGUUAUGGACAACUUAAUUCCAACUGACAGAGGAUCCACGUAGUUUGGCUGCUUUGGUUUGGAUCUGUCACCAUUUCGUGUUAGAAUCUCUUGCUAUGUCUGAUAGCCCAUGCGGAGGAAACAAAAGAAGCCAUUUACGUCUUUUUUAUUCGAUUCUUUCAUCAGCUGAGAGUAUUGUCCCAGGUCUGGUCUUUUGGUAGGCCAUUUUCUGACCCAGAUGUUUUUUUUUAUUGUGUUUACCAGUGUUGAUAAAAUCGUUUUGCGACUUAUCUAUUUCACUGUGGUAGCUUCUUUAUAGCAAUUAGGGAAAUGUUUUCGGCCAGAGCUUUUUGCAAGAUUCACGCUUCUACUAAAAAAGGUCAUGUUGUAAAAAGUAUCCUGAUUGCUAACGCCAAGCUACGACAGAGCUAUAGAGGUCGCGAAACAGAUUGUAUCAACACUGGUGAAUAGAAUACAGCAGAAUACCAUCUGGGUCAGAACAUUGCUCGCUUGAAGUCCAGACCUGGGUCAAAAAGCUCCGUUGAUUAACGAUAAUAAGAAAGAAGACGCUAACAGCUUCUUUAAUUUCCUGCGCAUGGCCUAUCAGAUAUACUAAUACAUUCUGACACGCAUUCGAGACAGAAUCAAGCUGAAGAAGUCCAAGUACGAGAAGCCCCUGUCAGCUGGCAUUAAAUUGGCAAUAACAUAAGGGUACUUAGCAUUAGGGGACAGUAACCACUCUGAUGAACGGCCUCGUAUACAACACCAACUCCAAGAUCAUCAGCAGAUCUGCGAUGCGAUACUUAUAGAGUUUGUUGAUGAACUAGUUCGCUGUCCUGAAAACAUGAAUGGGAGAACAUCGCAAAGCAGUUCGGCAACCCUUAGCAUCUACAAAACUGUGUCUGUGUUUUGGUCGGAAAGCACAUCGACAUACAGUGUUCUCAGCGUGAUUGAUCCUUGCUCUACAACUACAAGGGUUAACAUUCCAUAAUCCAUAUGACAUUGGUCGACACCUGCUACAGAUUCAUUUGGUUUCAAGUAGGUAGCCAUAAUUCAGCCCGUGGUCCAUAUGAACUUGGUUGACACCUGCAACAUAUUCAUUUGGGCUGAAGUAGGCAGCAAUAGAUCGACGGCCUGUCAUGCUCAAGUGUUCAACAAAAGUUGAACUAAAGGAAACCAUCGACAUAGGCGUGUUGUGUCCACAUGAUCCUUAAUCUAUACCUAAGGACGACGCAUCAAUGCCAAUCUACUUUUCAGCAGAUGAAACUCUCUGUCCUGGCAGGACGACAUGAUGUUAACAUUGUGAUUAAACAAAAUAGUCAAUUGUUAACAAUAAAAUGUGGAUUAAUAUUUUACGAAAUUAAAAAAGUUAACAUCAUUUGAAAAUAAUAUUUGACAGAUUAUGUUAUUUGUGAUAAUAAUAAACAUGAAAUGGUAUGUCAUAAUGUCAUAUCGAUUAAAAACUAGCAUUCAUUAUUAAGCGUUAGGAAUCUGCUUGAAAUCAUCGUAAAUCAACUUUAUUUUAUACAAGUAAUUGUCCCGCCGGGGCAGACGUGAUUUUUCCGUAUUGCUGCCAUGUUUGUCCGCGUCAUUGUCGUAAAAGUCCGGGAUGGUACGUGUACAUAACGUGUUUACCCGUGACACUCCGUGUCUAUGCCGUGUUGGUCCGUAAUAGAACGUACCUCUGCCGGAACAGUCCGUGUUGCCGCUGUGUUUGUUGGGUGAAGCUUCCGUGUUGGUAGGGACUGGUCCUUGUGAAUCUGGUGUUGUCACCGGAAUGAUGAUCUUUGGAAGAGCGUCGACGCUAAAACAUUAAAAAGUCAACGGAUUUUAUAGGAUCUUGAUCCGGGCAAUCAGAGACGAUCUGGGACUGCCGUAGUCAUCUGUGUGUAUAUGGGACUAGGCUUAUAUGGGCUUUACAAAUUAAGAAAAUUUAAAAAUGUCAAUAUUAUUUUAAAAUCUUAAUGAAUAAAGAAAUAAAUGCUGAUGAAUGUA